CGCCACUCGCACGGAGUCGCUACCUGCAGAUAGCUGACCGCGACGCCGAAGGCGCACCGCACUGCGCCGCCGCUGCUUCCGCUCUGCACUGUUCACCCUCCAGUAGUCCAAGGCCCUUUUAUGUUACGGACUGGCCCUGCUUACAAUCCAACGCCCUCACUCCAUCUGUUUUGCUUCGGUCCCUGCCUGAAUCUGUGCAUAUCCCUGUUGUAUCUCCGCCAGAGGGGCGGAGGUGUUUGACAUCAUAUCCUGUCAUCCAUACGCCGACUGGUUAGCCGUGCAAUUUCUCACAAGGUGAUAUAAUUCCUGAAUUGCUAUGAUUUACACAGCAAUUGACACAUUUUACCUAACGGAUGAGCAGCUCAAGAACUCUCCUUCUAGGAGAGAUGGAAUAGAUGACGCCACUGAAACUACUCUUCAAAUCUAUGGGUGUGAUUUUAUACAAGAGAGUGGAAUUUUGUUGAAACUACCUCAAGCGGUUAUGGCCACUGGUCAGGUACUAUUCCACCGUUUUUACUGCAAGAAAUCAUUUGCUCAUUACAACGUGAAGAGGGUUGCUGCAAGCUGUGUGUGGCUUGCCUCAAAACUUGAAGAGUGUCCUAGAAAAGCCAGACAGGUCCUCACAAUUUUCCACAGGUUGGAAUGCCGGAGGGAGAAUUUACCCAUAGAGCAUUUUGAUACUAAUUCAAAGAAAUAUGUGGAACUGAAGGCAGAUUUGGUCCGUACAGAAAGGCAUCUUCUAAAAGAGAUGGGUUUUGUCUGCCAUGUUGAACACCCUCAUAAAUUUAUAUCAAACUAUAUUGCAACUCUUGGAAUGCCUGAUGAAUUGAGACAGGAAGCUUGGAAUCUUGCAAAUGACAGUUUGCGCACAACAUUGUGUGUUAGAUUUAAGAGUGAGGUUGUGGCCUGUGGAGUUGUGUAUGCUGCAGCCCGUAGAUUUCAAGUGCCAUUGCCUGAGAACCCUCCAUGGUGGAAAGCAUUUGAUGCAGACAAGGCUGGGAUUGAUGAAGUUUGUCGUGUUCUGGCCCAUCUUUACAGCCUUCCAAAGGCACAAUAUAUGCCUGUGUGCAAGGAAGCUGGUUCAUUUUCAACAUCAAAUAGAUCAUGGGAUUCACCAUCUCAGUCAGUGCCUAAGGAAGUUGCAUCAAAUGGCCCAUCCGGGAAUGAUGACACCAGUGCUACUCAGAAGGGAGCUCCAGCUGCUGCAGCGGGUCAGGAAGUGGGUAAAGAUGUGGCGACAAGAGCUCCUCUUGAGAAGGCAAAGAGCAGCGAAGAGUCUAAAAGCUCGUUUCCUGAAGGAGAAAUAAGGGAUGAGCCUGGGUCGAAAUCAAUAAUUGUACGCAAGACAGAAGCAGGAACUGGUGAAAAGGAUAAGAACAAAGAUAGGGAUAGAGAGAGGGAGAGGAAGAAGGAAAGAUCAAAGUCAUGGGACCGCGAUAGGGGAAGAGAAAGGGAGCGGGAUGAUAUUGAAAGGGAAAAGGAUCGAGCCAAAGGGAGGAGCUAUCACUCAAGAGACAAAGGGCGCCAGGAGAAGUCAAAACGCCACUCUUCCGGAGAUCGGGACUAUCAUAGUUCCUCUUAUUCAUCAAGGGAGAAAGAGCGCCGAAGACAUCACUAAUGCAGAGUCAUGAACAAUUAGCUGAGAGGUUUUAUAUCUUCUUCUUACUACUGGCUAUGCUUUAUAGGCUUGCUUGAUUGUAGUAGUGUUCAUACACACACACGGCCUGGUUAUUACCAUCUGUACAUUUGAAAAAUCACUAGUUCUGGCUAGCCUUGAUAUAGAUGGUUUAAAAACAAACGCCUGUGAUCUCUGUUGAUUCAUUGCUCAUCAGGAUUGUGUCACAAUGUCUUUUUUAGACUGAACAACUUGGUUAUGUACAACUAACUUGUUUUAUUGAUGAAGUGACAAAGGAAUUCAACAUAGCGAAAAAAUUGGACGAUUUUUU